UGCCGGCGCUUUGAUCGCGGCACCAGUAUACCUCUCUAUCGAGGCUAACGAUAUACAAAUACCUUGCACGGUGUACAAUACACGUUAUUCUAAAAUGCAGAAUGCACAGCGUACCUGAAUUACAAACCGUGUAAUCAGCGAUUCACAGCGAUGCUAACAGCUCCGUCGUGCACUGAAUUCGACAGAAAAUGAGAAAAAAAUGCCAUUUCCGAAUUAUUCCCCCCUCGGGCCAUUCGCGGUGGAAAUUAACGUGCAAAAUGGAGUGGUGUACCAUGGCAAAUUAAUUGAUAUUUGCGACGACAAUGCCCUCGUUGAAACGGAUGUCAACUGGACAGGCACCAAUCAGCUAUUUUCUUGUACCACGGUUUUCCAGUGUGACGAUCGCGACCAGCUGCACACUGAGUACCGCCCGAGAGAAUCCUAUUUUGAUCCACCAGCUCGCAUCUUCGUAUUACUACAGCUGGAAGAAAAUGCAGCAUGGAUUUGGUAUCCGGACGAACUCUUGGCCGUCUAUCUUUGCGCUUUUGGCGUGGUGCGUGUGGAGAUGCAGAGAGUGCAGCAGACCCUUGUCGUGCCACGCCAUCAUAUUCGCUGCACGAAUUAUCCGCGCAUCCCCUUCCAGGGCGGCGACAAUUUCGUCAAACUCUCCUAUACCAUACCGGAAGCUUGGGGACAGUCGUUUUCACGGGAGAUCUUACAAAAAUUUAACGAAGUGGGCGGGUAUCACGACCACGGGAUUGCUGCUAAGGAGAUUGUGGAUGGAGAGUUGGUAUGCAUUGCCACAGCGUCAUGGAUGGCACAAAUCAAGAAAGAUCUUUUGAAAACGGACGAAUUUGUUAACGAUCUCGUGGCGUUCGGAAAGAGGAAACAUUCUACCGAAGCCAUUGCGAGGCAACCCGACGAGAAAGUCAAGAAAACCGACAAUGUACAGCUUAAUAACGUCAUGAACACACUCCCGAACGAACUUCUAAGCCGUAUCUUUGCUUUCCUGGAUCUUUAUGAGCAGAUUCGCAUCCGUCGUGUAUGCUGCUUGUGGAACAGUUUACUGCCACUGUGCGCGACCUUCCGGCCGAAAUCAAUCUGGAUUCGCAUCGAUGAACCGCGGCAUCCCAAAGAUACUGAUUAUGUACGAAAAGUCGCCAUCUGCUUAAAUAAAUGCUGGAGUUCGCGAAUGGAGACGCUAAUUCUGUCUUUCACACUGACGGUAGAGUACAAAAUGGAUUUAUUUUACAUGGUAGCCGGUGCACUGGAAACGAUGUCCACAGUCCUGCAACAACCGCUGUUCAAGCGCGUCGUGCUGUUUGAUCUAACACUAUACAAUGAUUCUUUUAGCGGAUGUUUCCAUAACGUUUUUAUCAAAUCCGCGAGAGUACUAAGUGCGUCUUGCGACACUGUUGUUUUUGACCGAAUCCCGGUGCGGCUGUUCCCGGAUGAUUAUUACGUGGAUAACGAUGUUUUAGAUAAGUGGGUUCUAGAGCUCAAAGGACAACUUGAUUUGACACAGAAUCACCGGGAAUAUGAAGGGAAGUUUUAUGAUCUCCUCGAGUCGCAGAUUCCCGAUUUUUCCCAGGAGGAAGUGCAGCACGUGCAGCUGAUGGUGCAGCGCUAUUUUCUUAAAAAAAGGGCCGUCUUGCAUUCCGGAAUGAACUUUGUGGAAACUGUUAUAUGGGAGUAUCAGCACGACGAUCCUCGACCUGGAGCCUUUGAAGUCGACAUCGCCGACCGGGAAUUACCGGAAUUCGUACCUCGCUUCAAUCGGCUAACGUUAUUUGUAUUGCAGUCGCUGUCCUUUUUGUUUGAUGCCGACUUGUAAAAUGAAUGUCUCUCACGAAAAAUAAAAU